AUGGCUUUAAAACUCGCAAAAACUGUUCCAUUAAAUGAUGGAACUAAUUUCCCAAUUUUUGGAUUAGGUACUUGGGAAUCCAGAAACUAAUAAGAAAUGACCAACUUAAUCAGAUCUGCUUUGGAUUUAGGAUAUCGUCACAUUGACACUGCCAUUGUUUAUGAUAACUAAAAGAUGAUUGGAGAUGCUCUAAAAACUAUUUUUAGUGAAGGUAAAUACAAGAGAGAAGAUUUAUACAUUGUUAGUAAGAUCUUCCCUUUUAAGACUUGGGACACUGAAUAAAAGAUAAAAUAAACAUUAGAAGAAUUACAAAUCGAAUACCUUGACUUAUUCCUUUUACAUUGGACUUUUACUAGUCCCUCUAAAACCUUUGAAAUUAAUCAUAAACCCGUCCAUGUUAUUUGGGCUGAAUUAGAGCAAGUCUAAUAAAAAGGAUUGACAAAAUCAAUUGGUGUUUCUAACUUUAACGUCUAAAGUUUACUUGACUUAUGGAGCUAUGCUAAGGUAAAGCCAGUAGUUAACUAAAUUGAACUUCAUGUUUUCUUGCAACAAAAAAGAUUAGUAGAAUUCUGUCAAAAAAUUAAUGUCCAUGUUACUGCUUAUUCUCCUCUUGCUAGAUUUAAUGAAAUUGUCUAAAAUAAAGUUUUGAUAGAAUUGGCAUAGAAACACAAUUCUACCGUUUCCUAAAUUUUGCUUUCUUUCCUUUUAUCUCAAGGUAUUUCUGUCAUUCCUAAGACUGAAAAGGUAAACAGAUUAAAAGAAAACUUUGAUUCUUAAGAUAUCUAGCUUUCUGAAGAAGAAAUCAAAGCACUUAAAGACUUAGACACUAACACUAGAGUUUGGUAACCUGCUGACUUAGAUUUCUUUGGAAACAUUCCUAUUUUCGAUUGA